AAUGUAGACACUAUGAUUAUUUUUUCUUAUUUUCACAUUUAAAAUGAUUGGUAUUCAGUGGGUGUGAGUUUCGAGUACGAGUACAAUUCAGAAUAAAUGGGACUUUUUAAGUUUCUACGCAGUAAAUAUUUUGCUUUCACACACUAAGGUUUGAAAAAAACAAACUCUCCAGUUGAUCUAUGAAUUCUGCAAUAUAAAGACAGCUUCUUGCUCAUACAAUCAUCACCACUUCAAAGUUAACAAUGGCGCUCAAAAGCCUUAUACUUUUACCUUUCAUGCUACUUAGUGUUCUAUCUGCAGGUUCCAUCUUGGAAGAUGAAGCAGAAGCUUUAAAACAGUUCAAGAAUUUAAUCACGGAUGACCCAACUGGUGCACUCCUGGAUUGGAAUGCCGAUUCCAACCACCAUUGCAACUGGACUGGAAUCCAAUGCCAUAAUAUCACCAAACGUGUCUUUUCUAUUUCGAUUCAACAAACAUACCUCAAAGGCCACAUCUCUCCCUUUCUUGGAAACCUUUCCAGCCUCCAGCUUCUUGAUUUAUCUUAUAAUUCUUUCACUGGCAACAUUCCAUUCCAGUUGGGAUGCUGCACACACCUUUCCACCCUUAUUCUUUACACCAAUUCCCUCUCUGGCCCAAUUCCAUCAGAACUGGGGAGACUCCGGAAUCUCCAGACACUAGACGUGGGAAACAACUCCAUCACUGGAAUCAUUCCUGAUAGCUUGUGCAACUGCACUUCUUUGCUAGAGCUUAGUCUUGAUUCCAACCAACUUAGUGGUACAAUUCCAGAUGGAAUCGGUGAUUUGGUCACUCUUCAACUUCUUGGAGCAUUUCAUAACCGUUUAGAAGGUUCAAUUCCACCUUCGAUUGGCCGUUUGAAAGAGCUACAAAUUCUUGAUUUGAGCCAAAACCAACUUUUUGGUGUCAUUCCUAGAGAGAUUGGAAAUUUGUCAAGAUUACAAAUUCUUCAGUUAUUGGAAAAUUCUCUUUCUGGAACUAUACCAACCGAAAUUGGCCGUUGCAAAAAUCUCACUCUUCUGAGUCUAUACAGCAACAAGUUCACUGGAAGCAUUCCUAAUGAGAUUGGAAAUCUUCGAAAACUACAGGUUUUGCUAAUAUACAAUAAUCAAUUGAAUUCCACAAUUCCAAGAUCGUUGUUUCAGUUGAAAUCAUUAAUUGCUUUGGGACUGUCAAAGAAUAAUCUAGUCGGGAAUGUUUCUUCAGAGGUUUCUUCACUGGAAUCAUUGCAAUCAUUGACCCUACAUGAGAACAAGCUUACUGGUGAAAUUCCAGCAUCCGUAACCAGGUUAGUCAAUUUGACUUACUUGACCAUUAGCUUAAACUUUCUCACUGGAUCAAUUCCUUCAAGCAUCGGGUCUCUUAACAACUUAAGAAAUUUAUCACUAAGCAAUAAUCUUCUUGAGGGAUCUAUUCCAGAUAGCAUCACAAACUGUACAAAUAUCCGCUUGUUGGAUUUGUCUAGAAAUAGGAUGACUGGAGAAAUUCCUUUGGGUUUAGGAAAGUUAUCAAAUCUUAAAUUUCUUAGUAUCGGUCACAACAAAUUGUCUGGAAAAAUCCCAGAUGAUCUCUUCAAUUGUUCAAGACUUGUUACUUUAGAUAUAGCACAUAACAAUCUUACAGGGUUGUUGAAACCAGGAAUUGGAAGACUUUUUGAUCUCGAAAUCCUGCAAAUUCAUGGUAAUUCCUUUUUUGGGUUAAUCCCACAAGAAGUUGGAAACUUAACGAGUCUUAUGCUGUUAAAUCUUGGGCAAAACCAAUUUUCUGGCACCAUUCCUGUAGAAAUCUCAAAAAUUCCUUUCCUUCAAAGCCUUUUAAUGGGUAAUAACAAUCUAGAAGGUCAGAUUCCUGAUAAAAUCUUCGAGCUUAAUCAGCUGACUGAACUCUACUUGAUGAACAACAAAUUUGAGGGUCCGAUUCUAAAUUCUGUUUCAAGGCUGAAGAUGCUUUCGCGGUUGGAUCUUAGUGGAAACAGGUUUAACGGGUCGAUGGGGGACAGCUUGACAAAACUGAACCAGUUAAUUUUGAUAGACCUGUCACACAACUAUCUCACUGGAUCGAUUUCAGGGUCAGUGAUUUCAAGUAUGAAGAACAUGCAGAUAUAUCUCAGUUUCUCAAACAAUUUUCUUACAGGAAACAUCCCAAAUGAGUUUGGGAAGAUGGAGAUGGUGCAAGCCAUUGAUAUCUCAAACAAUAAUCUGUCAGGAGGUAUUCCUGUAACAAUUCAGAACUGCAGAAACCUGCAGAGUCUUGAUUUGUCAGGAAAUCAGCUUUCUGGUGGCGUCUCUGAUGAAAUAUUCCCUACUCUUGGCGUUCUUUCUUACAUAAAUUUCUCAAGAAAUCAAUUGGAUGGAAAGAUCCCAGAAAGCAUGGCGAAUCUGACACUUCUUACUUCGGUUGAUCUUUCACAAAACAAAUUCAAUGGCACGAUUCCUGAAGACUUUGGCAACAACGUGGCCUUAAAACACCUCAAUCUGUCGUUCAAUAACCUUGAAGGACGUGUUCCCGAUAUGGGAAUUUUCAAAAACUCUAGCGCAAUUGGAUUACUUGGAAAUCCGUCUUUGUGUGUUACCAACGACACCAAGUCAUGCGCCUUCUCGACUCAAUCAAAUCAUUCACAUCAAAUAUCAAGAAAAGCCGUAUUGAUUCUUGCAAUACUCGGAUCUCUAACGUUGCUUCUUGUACUGUUUUUGGGAAUUUUGUGUUAUCGUCAUGUCCGAAAACCGAAAGUUAAACAAUCUGAGGAUCCAGAACCAGAAUACACCCGACGGGCCACUCUCAAAAGAUUUGACAGAAAAGAACUUGAAGAUGCUACGAAUGGAUUCAGUGAAAGUAACAUUCUCGGUACAAGCAGUUUAAGCACAGUGUACAAGGGUACACUAGCAGAUGGAAGGAUGAUAGCAGUGAAGAAUUUGAAUUUCACUGAGUUUUCAGCUGAAUCUGAUAAGAGCUUCAACAAAGAAAUGAACACAUUAGCAAAAUUGAGGCAUAGAAAUUUAGUGAAAGUUCUUGGUUUUGCAUGGGAAAGUGGAAGACUAAAGGCUGUGGUUCUUGAAUUCAUGGAAAAUGGUAAUCUGGAUACGGUUAUACAUGAUUCUGGGACCGAUCGAUCAAGAUGGGAUCUUUCCGAGAGAGUUGACGUUUUGGUUUCAGUUUCAAGAGGACUUGUUUAUUUACAUUCCGGAUACGAUUUCCCUAUAGUUCACUGUGAUUUAAAGCCUUCUAAUAUACUUUUGGAUGAAAAAUGGGAUGCUCAUGUUAGCGACUUCGGGACAGCUCGGAUUCUGGGAGUUCAUAACCAGGAUGGAAGCAGUGUUUCUUCUGCAUCAGCAUUUCAAGGCACCAUUGGUUACUUGGCACCAGAGUUUGCAUAUAUGAGAAAAGUGACAACAAAAGUGGAUGUAUUUAGCUUUGGAGUAAUAAUUAUGGAAUUUAUCACUAGAAAAAGACCAACAGGACUCACCGAAGACGACGGAAUCCAACUCACUUUGCCACAGUUGAUAGAACAAGCACUUUCAAAAGGAACGAAUGAGCUGAUUGAAGUUGUAGAUCCUGAUUUGGCUUCCGAUUUCGCCACAAAACACGGCGUUGUAGAACAGAUUCUUCAGCUGGCUUUAUGCUGCACUCGAACAGAUCCAGAUGAUCGACCAGACAUGAACGAAAUCUUAUCUUCACUUACAAAGAUCAGCAAGAAAGUGUAGUUAGGGUUUUAAAUUGUUGAUACACUUUUGGUAUCUGUCGCUUGUUCUUAAUUUUGUAUGCGUUGUAAUGUAAUGAAACGGUCUUUUCGUUUAA